CUCGGUGUGCCCGCCAUGGCGGCCCCGCGGGCGCUGCUGGUGGCUGCGCUGCUGUCCCCGCUGCUGUCCCCGCUGCUGUCCCCGCUCCUCUCCGCCGUCCCGGCCGGCGCAGCCUCGUCUCCGGUGCCCCGCAAUGUCUCCGUGCUGCUGGAGCCCGGCUCCGAGCGGCUGCGCGUCCUCCCCGGCCGCCACCCCGCCGCCGUCGCCUGGGCCAGCCUCGAUGACCGCAUCCCGCACGUCGGCUGGGCCUUCCUGGAGGUGGCCACCAACGCCUCGUACAAUGACAGCCUGCAGGCCUACGCUGCCGGGCUCGCCGAGGCUGCCGUCACCGAGCAGCUGAUGUACAUGCACUGGAUGAACACCAUGGUGGGCUACUGCGGCCCCUUCAAGUACGAGAGCGAGUACUGCCAGAAGCUGCGCGGCUACCUGGAGGCCAACCUGGCCUGGAUGGAGGAGCAGAUGGAGAAAGGACAGGACACUGAGUACUGGCACCAGGUGCGCCUGGCCCUGCUGCAGCUGAAGGGGCUGGAGGACAGCUACAACGGGCGCCUGGACUUCCCCAGGGGCAGGAUCUCCCUGGCACCCUUUGGCUUCCUGCUGCUGCAGUUGGGGGGUGACCUGGAGGACCUGGAGUCAGCCCUGAACCGCUCCUCCCCGCAGCGCGUGCUGGGCUCGGGCUCCUGCUCGGCCCUGCUGAAGCUGCUGCCGGGCCAGCGGGACCUGCUGGUGGCCCACGACACCUGGAGCUCCUACCAGGCCAUGCUGCGCGUCAUCAAGAAGUACACGCUGCCCUUCCGCGCCUCGGCCGGCGGCAAGUCCCAGAUCCCUGGCAGCGUCCAGGUGUUCUCCUCCUACCCCGGCACCAUCUUCUCCAUGGAUGACUUCUACAUCCUCAGCAGCGGGUUGGUGAGUGGCUCUGCUCCUCAGGCACCCCCCCCCGGCCCUGCUGCCCUCCCCAUCGCUCCCUGCCCUGCAGGUCACGCUGGAAACCACCAUUGGCAACAACAACCCGGCCCUGUGGAAGUACGUGGAGCCGCGGGGCAGCGUCCUGGAGUGGCUGAGGAACAUCGUGGCCAACAGGCUGGCCCGCAGCGGGGCCGAGUGGGCCGCGCUCUUCCGACGCUUCAACAGCGGCACGUACAACAACCAGUGGAUGGUGGUGGACUACAACGCCUUCACACCGGGCAGAGCGAGCCCGGCGCCGGGCGUGCUGACAGUGCUGGAGCAGAUCCCCGCAGGGGCCUGGUGGUGGUGGCUGAUCAGACAAAGCUGCUGUACCAGCAGGGCUACUGGGCCAGCUACAACGUGCCGUACUUCGAGGAGAUCUUCAACACCAGUGGGAACCUGGAGCUGGUGAGGAAAUACGGGGACUGGUUCACCUAUGACAAGAACCCUCGUGCCCAGAUCUUCCGCCGGAACCAGACGCUGGUGCGCGACCUGGACUCCAUGAUCCGCCUGAUGCGGUCCAACAACUACCUGCAGGACCCGCUGUCGCGGUGCAGGGGCUGUGACCCGCCCCAGAACGCCGAGAACGCCAUCUCCGCCCGCUCCGACCUCAACCCCUCCAACGGCUCCUACCCCUUCCCCGCCCUGCGCCAGCGCUGCCACGGCGGCAUCGACAUGAAGGUCACCUCCUCGGGCAUGGUGCCCGCCUUCGCGCUGGUGGCAGUCAGCGGCCCCGCCUGGGACGACGUGCCGCCCUUCCGCUGGAGCGCGUCCCCCUGCAGCUCCCUGCUCCACAUGGGCCACCCCGACCUCUGGACCUUCCCCCCAGUCAAGGUCCACUGGGACUGAGCAGGCGCUGGUCCCGUCCGUCUGUCCGUCCGUGGGCGUCUGUCCUGUGGGGGAUCCCUCUGUGGGGCGUGGGGGGCUCAGCUCUGUGACAGCUCUCUGCUCUGUGUAACAGGGUCCCCCCCCUGUUCUUUCUGCCUCUCAGGGUCCUGGCUGUGCUGCACAAGCCCAGCGUGUCCCCUCCCUGCUGUGGGGCUCUCCAGGCUCUUCCCUGGGUGCUGAAGCCUGGUUUGGGGGGACUCUCCCUGGAAAAGGGGCAUCCCGGGAGGCUGGGGCUCGCCCUCAGCGCGGGCAGGAGGGCAGUGAGCUGGUUGGGCUGUGGUAAAUAAUAAAGUGCUCUGUGCUGGUGGCUGUGCUUUGCCCUC